GCGGAGGAGGAGGAGGUGGUGGAAGACAGCAACAAAGCCGUGACUCGUCCGUCGGGAAGUUCGUCUUGGUCCUCCAGUCAGGAUGUCGUCGAGGUCCGACAAGCCCGAGCAGGUUUUACUUAUCGAGCCGCAGAACGAGCUCCGAUUCAGGGGUCCUUUUACAGGAGGCCCAGUCACAUCAUAUAUAAAAUUAAUUAAUCCAACGAAUAAAAAGAUAUAUUUUAAAAUAAAGACUACUGCCCCAAAGAGAUACUGUGUACGUCCAAAUUCUGGUGCUCUCAAGCCAAAGGAUGUUACUGAAAUAGCAGUAUGCUUACAACCAUAUGAUUUUGAUCCAUCGGAGAAAAAUAAACACAAAUUUAUGGUGCAAACUGUGGUAGCACCAGAUGAUGAUGAUGAUGAAUAUCCAAUUGAUGUGUGGAAGGAUAUAAAUCCAGAUCAGUUAAUGGACUCUAAAUUGAAAUGCGUUUUUGAAAAUCCCGUAAUUAACACCACUAGUAGCACGGUUAAAAUGACUGCAACUUCCACAACAACUAAGGCGGAUUCUAAUGCGACUAAUGGAAAGAACAAAACAGUUGGCGAUUCGGUCAAAUCGUCGCCUAAGCUUCUUGGUGAAGCAGAAGAGAAACUUAUAAAAGCUGCGCAAGAGGUUAAUCAGCUUAGGGUAGAGGAAAGCACGCUUAGGCAGGAAAAUCUUCAACUUAGGGAAGAUUUAAUGAAGUGGCGAAACGCGGCGCUGGGCAAUGAUGGUAAUCUUGCAGCAGCCAGAGGACUAACCUCGCAGAGCAAUAGCCAGUUAUCUCCGACAUCAACUAGUAUCCUCAUCGCCUUCGCCAUGGUUAUAGUCGGCUACUUGCUGGGAAAACUAAUCUGAACAGCCUUUAUCUUAUUGUAUACCUCAGUGUAUCCCCACCGCCCCCAAGUUUUUUUAGCCUGUCUUCUGCCGUCAUAUACCAUCGUUCGAUCGCAGGCACAGACUCCAAACGUUGCGUUACUCGAAUGUUCAUAAUAAAUGCUAUAAACACGGA